AUGGAAAAUCCUGCAUCGUCAUACGGAUAUGCCCAUGGAAGCGCUGAAGAUGUUCCAAAGAAGGACGUAGAGGUGGCCGAUCCGAUCGAGAUAUUGAGCGGCGAAGCUUCAGCUGUCCCUGAAGGAACAAAUGAACUCGAAGCGUCCAUUAGACAGGCGGUGAACCACCGCAGAUUGAAUCCUCGACAGAUUCAAUUGACUGCAAUGGCCGGAUCAAUCGGUGCAGCUCUCUUCGUCGCUAUCGGAACUGGGGUCAUGUCGGGCCCUCUUUGUCUGUUGCUCGCAUUCAUCUUCUGGGCUUCGGUUGUUUUCAGCAUUGCUCAAUGCCAGACCGAAAUCGUUACACUGUAUCCUUUAGAUGGCUCCUUCAUGCGGUUGGCUGGGCGCAUGGUCGAUCCAGCGCUUGGCGUAGCAGUUGCCUGGAACCACUUCUUUGCGAUGACAUCCUAUGUCAUUUUCGAGGCGACAGUGAUCAACACACUUGUUCAAUACUGGGGUUACAACGAAUCGCCCGCGAUCCUCAUCACAGUCUCACUUGCGUUCUACCUCGCCAUCAACGUCUACCGGGCCGAUCUCUUUGGAGAGGUUGAGUUCUGGCUAGCACUUGGCAAGAUACUCCUAGCGACUGGUCUAAUCUUGUUUACAUUCAUCGCGAUGCUUGGAGGUAAUCCACUCCACGAUCGGUUUGGUUUUCGCACUUGGCGAGAUCCUGGAGUUUGGGCCGGGGAUGAUUCAUCGCGCCGUUUGAUGUCCUUCCUGAAUGCGGUGAACGUGGCAGGCUUCUGUAUGGGCGGACCAGAAUACAUAUCCAUGAUCGCAGGCGAGGCAAGAGAUCCAAGGCGUACAGUGCCACGGGCGUUCAGGACAAUCAUCACGCGGCUGCUGGUCUUCUUUAUCGGAGGCGCUCUCUGCGUCGGCAUUCUCGUGCCAUACAACGACCCCACGCUGACGGAUGGAUCCGACACUUAUGCCGGUGCCUCGCCAUAUGUGAUCGCGAUGCAACGCCUCAAGGUCCCAGUCCUUCCGUCCAUCGUCAACGCGGCGCUCAUCACUACAAUCAUAUCUGCAGGUAAUGCCUACACGUUCAACGCUUCACGUGCCCUGCACGCACUAGCAAUCGAGGGCCAAGCUCCCAAAGUUUUGCGACGCUUGAACAAGAACGGCGUACCGUACCUUGCAGUUUGCGUCGUCAUGACAUUGGCCUGCCUGGCAUACCUUGCGUUGGGUUCCAGUAGUGCAAGGGUGCUGAAUUGGAUACUGAACUUCUGUACUGCGGCCACCAUGUUCAACUGGACCGUGAUGGCAAUCACUUGGAUUCGUUUUGAUAAUGCUAUGACUGCGCAAGGAAUCGAUAGGAAGUCCUUCUUGCCGUGUAUCUCAAGAUUUCAGCCCUAUGCAGGUUACUGGGCGUUGUUCUGGGCGUUUCUCUUCCUCUGGGUCCAGGGCUAUGCCGUCUUCAUAAACGGGAAUUGGAACGUCGCAACCUUCAUCUUCAACUACGGUAUCAUUGCUUUAGCAGGUGGGAUUGGAUUGGGCUGGAAGAUUUUCAAGCGCACUUCCUUCCGUCAUGCAAAAGACAUCGAUCUGACUUCUGGCUUACAAUUUUUCGAAGCAUUGACCGAGUACUACCAACACGAGCGCGAGGCGACUCCGGCAACACUAAAAGACAAGAUUAUGGCCAAGGUCUUUUAG